AGUCAGGUCAGUCAGGUCGUUGUGACUGAAACAAAGUGUUUGUGCUGACCCGUGCAAAUCAAGAAAAAGCAAGGCAACAUUUGCGAAGUGUUCCAUAAUUUAUUUCUAGUCUCAUCCCAACGACCAAGAGAACAUUCCAACACAUCAAUCCAACAUCAUGCCUACCACUGCCAAGAGACACAUGAGUUUGGAUACUGCCACUACCAUGAUGGAAGAUGGCAGCAACUGUUUGCCCGAGUUGAAGCGCAGGAACUCCGAGCGCGUCCCUUCGUUGUUGCGUCGAAAGCGAGUCUCGUUUCACACUGUGGAUGUCUGUGAGCACGCCAUCACCUUGGGCGACAAUGUCGUCUCGGAAGGCGCCCCUUUGACCAUUGAAUGGGAGGCCAUGCAUUCGUCGGUUCACUCUGUAGAUGAGUUUGAACUCUCACGGGCUCCAAGCUACCAAACCAACCAAAAGCCACGAAGACUGACCGCCGAGGAACGAUUCUGCUUGCUAUCAUUGAAUGGAAUCCCCAUGCGAACGUCACUGGUGGCCGCCGCAGAGGCUACCGAAGCGAGAAUCUUGCGUCAAGAAUCCGUGCAAGAAGUCAUGCAAGAACAACUGCAGCAACAAGAAGGGCAAAACAACAAGCAAGCCAGCACCACCAAGAAGAAUCUCUUUCGCAAACCAAAGGCGCUAUGGUCCAAACUCCGAGCGCGAUAAGCGAUCUGACCUCCAUCAAUUUACUUCCACCACAAAGUGUUCAUAAGAUUCCUGCUACUAGUAUUGUAACAUUAUUACAGUGCGAUUUUGCCAAUACCCAAACACAUUAGACUUCCAACAUAUAAAUACCAAACCAAAAAGCUCUAGAUUUUGAUUAAGUUUGUAUCAUAGCAAAACACCAUUUCUCAAU